AUGGACUACGACAUGGACUACAACAUGGACUAUGACAUGGAUCAACAAUCCACCAUCCUAGAGGAAGUGCUUCGCAAUAUCCUAGCCCGUUACGGUACCGAGGAUGUCAAAAAUGCACCCACAAGCGAGCUCCUCACCCGCGUCAUGGGCUCUCCAGGCACCCGCGACCCCGCGAUGCGCUGGGCCUGUCGGGCCGGCUGCAUGCCCGUCAUCGAGGCCGCCGUGCGCCACGGCUCGUCGGCCAGCGCCUUGGCGGUCGGCUCCGUCGGCUCCGUCGGCAAAAAGCCUGUGGCUCGCGUUGGCGGUCCGGCCGAGGACCCCGCCGACACAGAGCAGCAACCGCCCAUGGUUGUCAAAGCCCUGACACUGCAGCUGGCCGCCAAGGGCGGCCAGGUCGAGGCGUUCGAGCGCCUGAUCGCCCUCGGUGCCCGCGUCGACGAGCCCGGCACCUCGGUGGCGUCGGUCCGCACUCUCGUCAAGCUCGUCACCCGAGGGCCCGACGCGACCGCGCUGCUCCGCCUUAUGCUAACGGGCGCGGGCGCCGAGGCCCAGCUAGCCUCUCAGCUCGACCAGGAACGGCGCGACGAGGCCCUCCUAGAGCUGAUGCGGGGCUAUGUCAGUCGUGGACCUUUGGCGCAGGAGUAUCUCGGCUUUGCACGCGCGCUGCUAAACGCCGGAGCCAGCCCCAACUGCUGCCGUCUCGGCCUGGCGGGCACCUCAGUGUCGACGCUGUCGCUUGCUGUGCGCUCACGGUCGUCGGACGCUGUUCAGCUCCUGGUCGACUUCGGCGCCCACGUCAACGGAUGCGCGGACCCGAAACUGGCGAGGAGACCCCACCUUCCGUUGCAUGUACCACUAUGUGCGGCUGUCCACGCUAUGGCUACGACCGCCACGGCUCUCGAUGAGGCCGAGCGAAAUUCCCUGACGCAGACGGUGCAGCUGUUACUGCACAGCGGCGCCGACAUAAACAUCUGUGCGCCGUUCAGGGGCAGCGCGCUUCACACGGACCGCCUGACAACCCCGCUCCUGGUGUUUCUAAACGCCGUCGACUCCUGGGAAACGAGUUGCGGCGGCUCAGAGGCCCUGAAGGGCUUACGUUUCCUUCUGGAUAGCGGUGCCAGCCCCGUGGCCCCGCCCGCCGAGACGACGCCGGGGCUGCGUGACCGCCUGAGCCCGAGCCGCUGGAACUGGUGCGCUCCAGACGCCGACGUCGCCCGGGCGCUGCUGGACGACUGGGGCGUACGCGCUCUCGCAAUUCCGUCGUUUGCUUCAGCACUGCAGCUCUUGGUCGGCCACCGCAGCCGCUGCGGUCAGUUCCGGGGGACGGCCGAAGCGCUAGCCUCAUACGACUACACGCCGGCGCCCGCAGCCCAAGAAAAACAAAAGGACGACGACGGGGUGUUGGCAGGCUGGCGAGCAACCCUGGGCUCUGCGAUCCACCCGCUCUCAGCGUCCGAGCGCAGCGACUUUCUCUAUUUUUACGCGGUCCGCAAAGGUACCUGCCCAGAACACUGGGCUCGCCUGCGGACGCACCUGUCCCAAGACCACUCGCACGGCGAUGGCCUCGCGCGCGCCACGCUCGCCGUGCUGCUCGAGGCCGGCGCGGAUGUCAACCACCGCGCCUGGCAGCAGGCGGGGGAGGGGAGUGGCGAUCAGCAGCUGCAGCAAGAUGACGGCCCCACGGCGCUACACAGCAUCUGCCUGUGGCUCGCGGGCAGGCACCCCUCAGAGGAGGACUACGGGCGCAACCCCAUGUGCAGGGGCUUCAGGCACACGCCAGGGCGCCUCGAGUUUUUGCGGUUCCUGGUGGAGGAAUGUGGUGCCGACACGGGAUUGUUACACGAGGGCAGGAACCCGGUUGAGAUUCUCGAGCAACUCACUAGGCCGGAUAUGGAUGGGCAGGAGGCGGGGACACUACCCUGGCAGAGGGAUGGCGGGGUAGUCAGACAGGCCCGCGGCCGUUUUGUGGAGUUUCUCAGGGGCGCAGCAGACCGAUAA